AUGGUUCUAAUAGGUGCGUCGAUAAUUACAAAAAGUGGAAAACCUUUGUUGGCGCGGGUUUUUAUUUCGGACAUGACAAAAGCCCGUCUGGAAGGACUUCUUGACGCAUUUCCGAAACUCAUUGCGUCAGAUAAAUUUUACACUUCUUUAUCAGCUCAACGGCAGCAUACAUUUGUGGAAACGGAUAGUGUACGGUACGUGUUCCAUCCUUUGGAUAAUAUUUAUAUGGUUUUAAUAACCACGAAGGCUUCAAACAUUCUAGAGGAUCUAGAGACGCUACGACUUUUCUCAAGAGUUAUUCCUGAAUACUGUCGAUCAAACGAUGAAAAGGAAAUCCAAGCAAGUUUGUUUGAGCUUAUUUUUGCAUUUGAUGAAAUUGUUGCUCUUGGAUACCGUGAGAAUGUAAAUUUGGCCCAAAUUCGAACUUUUACUGAUAUGGAUUCUCACGAAGAACGCGUGUUCAAUCAGAUCAAGAUAGCGCAAGAAAGAGCAGCUACUGAAAUGAUGCAUCAGAAAGCUAAUGAGCUGAAAAAGCAAAAGGCAGAACAAAGAAAGAAUGCCCGAGGUCUUCCAGUGGGUAGCAUCAGCGCAACCGGGUUUGGCUCUGCCUCCUUGCCACCAACUGCCACCGUUGUCGAAGAAACUCCAAGUUAUACAGCAUCAAAACCGAUUGCUCCGUCUCCAGCUCGCUCUGGUGGGAAGGCCUUGAGACUAGGGAAAGCAAAGGAUGAUGAUCAGUUUUUCAUGCAGUUAAAGAGUGAAGGUCAAAUAGUAGAACCGAUUGAACGUUCAUCUGGAAAUGUGGAAGCUGUGGAUCGUUCAGCAGCUGUGAACCCUGCUGUCCCAGUUCUUCCGGUUCAUGUUAAGGCAGAAGAAAAAAUAUCAGCAGUUAUUUCUCGUGAUGGCGGCUUAGAAAGUUGUGAAGUGUUAGGUAAUGUUGCUCUUUCAAUUGCCGAAAAGCAGUUCUCAACAGUCAUGGUACAAAUGGCUAACAAUGAUAAGCGUGGCGCGCAGCUUCAAGUUCAUCCUAAUCUGGAUAAGAAAGAAUGGCAACAAAAACAGUUACUGAAAUUGAAGUCUGCCCAGAAGCCAUUCCCAGUGAACCAAGAUGUUGGCGUUCUGAAGUGGAGGCUCUUGGUCAGCAACGAAGAAGAUUUGCCAAUUACGUGUGAGGUGAAUUGCUGGCCGAAUGAAAAUCCAGAUGGUUGUGUUGUUAACAUAGAAUAUACAUUGCAAGCAGAGGAUAUGACUUUAAAUAAUGUGACGAUAGUCAUACCACUGCCGCCUGCUACGAUUCCUGUAGUUUCGGAAUGCGAAGGGUCUUAUGAAUAUGUGAAGUCAAAGUCUCAAUUAGUUUGGAGUCUUGCUGUUAUUGACGAGUCAAAUAAGACGGGUACUUUAGAGUUUAGCACUCCCAACGGACAGUCUGACCAUUUCUUCCCAGUGAAUUUAAGAUUUACGAGUCCAGACUUGUACUGCAAUAUUGCGGUUGAGUCCGUAGAACUCAUGGAUUCACAAGAAACUGUUCAGUAUUCUACAGAAACUAGGCUAAUUACCGACAAAUUUGAAGUUGUUUAA